GAGAUACUGUUGUCAUGGAAGAAGCAAAGGGAGUAGUGAAGCACGUAUUGCUGGCAAAAUUCAAGGAAGGAAUCCCAUCUGAUGAAAUUGAGAAACUCAUCAAGGGUUAUGCUAAUCUCGUCAAUCUCAUCGAACCCAUGAAAGCUUUCGAAUGGGGCACAGACGUGAGCAUUGAGAACAUGCAUCAAGGUUUCACCCAUAUCUUUGAGUCUACCUUUGAGAGUAAAGAGGGCAUUGCAGAGUACAUAGGUCAUCCAGCUCAUGUUGAUUUUGGCGGCCUCUUCUUGCCUGCUCUGGAGAAAGUCAUUGUGUUUGACUACAAGCCUACUGUUGCUCGCUUCUAAAUUGUUGGACUUAUGGGCAUCCAACAUUCCGCUGCUGUAUUAUAAAGAAAUAAAUAAAUCCUGCUGUUGUGGUCUCCCAAGGAUUUGAUUUCGGCUUGUUUUGUGGAAUUGCUAAUCUGAAUUCAAUGACAUUCGAUGGUGUUGAGCCCUUUUGCUUU